AUGGAACACGAGAGGGUUAACCUUGUGCGAUGUGAGAGAGAGAAGUAGGUAAUGUGAGUUGUGGCUUUGGGCAGUGAGUCUGAGAAAAGAAAGCGGAGAGAUGGAACAAAAGGUUAUUCCAAAACGCAGCAAGACAAAGCGUACUCCUUUGUCGUUUUGAGGAUAGUUUUUGAUUUUUGA